AAUUAACAGUACACUUUCAUAGCUGAGAUUGCACUUCUAUGCGCUCUCGCGCGCAGUGAUGAUGUAAUAACAGCGUCGCGUAAAAGUAUCUUAGCAACAUUAUUCGGAGCGUCUGUCAUGGCGCCUCCGAUGCUUUCUGUUUUACUAAACCUGAGCACGACUGGGACGUUUCAUCAAAUCACACGUUCAAAAUACCGUGCGUGAUCAAAUUUUCUGUUGAAGACGAAUAGAAGAUGCCUCCGAAAAGGAGAGGACCUCUUCAGACAGUUCAAAGAGAAACGGAUGACAUCAAGAGAAAGGUGGACGCUUUGGUGCAGAAUGCUGCUAAACCAGAUGCGUCAGACAGGACAGAGAUCUUGGAGAGGUGCAAAGAGUUACAGCGGGCAGUGGAGGAAAUUAUGAGGACUCUGAAGAAAUUAUCUAAAGCAGAUGAGCCGGCUCCAGUGGGGAAUUAUGACCAGUGUAAGAGGGAAGAGGAGAAGCGUUUGUUGACUUUACAUGAGCGUCUACAGUCUCUAGCUCUUCAGCUGCAGCCUCAUGAUGAGACGGCUGGACCUAGUUCGUCCCAGACAGAUCAGGAGAGCAAGGAGGAAAAUAGUGAUGAAGAUGAUGAGAGCUCUGAGGAUGAAGAUGCUGAAGAAGAAGUACAAGAUGAUUAUGACGAUGAUGAUGAUGAUAAUGAUAAUGCUGACAGUGGUGAUGAGGAUAUCGGUCCAACUGCCACAGGACAGGGAUCUGUCUCCUACAUUGCUCUCAGUGCGUUUGCGGGAGAGGAAGAAGGGGACCUCAGCAUCCAGAAAGGAGAGGUUUUGAAAGUUCUCUCUAAGAAUAAGGAUGGAUGGUGGCUGGCUCAAAACUCAAAAGGCCAGAAUGGCCUGGUGCCCAAAACCUUCCUGAAGACGUCUUCUCCGCAGGAUGGUGAGAGAGUGAAUGAGGAUGAGGAUGAGGGGGAGAGUGAAGAGGAAGAGGAGGAUCCUGACAUAAAGUCCAGUAAAACAUCCAAUUGGAACACAGUGCGGAAGGCUGUUACUGAGAUAGAUGCUACUGAUGUGCUUUCAGCGAUGGGUGCCAUCCCACCAGGCUUCAGACCCUCCACUCUCUCCAGACUCUUAGAGGAAGGGAGAUCUUAUAGAGUAAGUCACUUCAUUCAGCCCAAGCUUAGCCAGUCACAACUCUCCUUUAAAGAUCUCCAUAUGGACCCAGACACAGGCAAGGUUCACGGCCGGCCAUCUAGAGUGAGUUUAAUCCUGACCCUGUGGAGCUGUAGAAUGAUCCCACCCCCCGGAGUCGGGUUACAGGUGCUUAGCAGGCACGUUCGGCUCUGUGCUUUUAAUGGAACCCAGGUUUUGAGUAACAUUCACACAGUCAGAGCCACUUACAACUCCAAGAGCCCAAAGACCUGGAGCUUUUCUCCACGGAUAACUGGGAUGCUGCCCUGUCUUCUGGAUGGAGACUGUUUCCUGCGUUGGGACUCUGAAUCUCCUGAUCUUGGAAUUCUGUUUGAAUUGGGUGUAACCUACAUAAGAAAUUCCACAGGGGAGAGAGGAGACCUCAGCUGUGGCUGGGCGUUCCUUAAACUGUUUGAUGAAAGUGGAGCCCCCAUUGCUCUACGAACACAAGAGCUCACUGUCCAUGGUGGCACACCAUUUGAGAAAGACACUGAUAUGGAUGCCACAUCUACCAAAAGAGGAUAUCCUACCGGUGUGUUUCAGCAGAUGUUGCUGUCCAGGAAGAUCCCUAAACUUGUUGUUAAGCUCAAAUCAGUAAACACACGCAGCAGAGAGCUUCUGAAUCUGCUGCCUGACACUAUAGUAGGAAGUCUGUCCACAAUACAUCUCUUGGCAACAUACAGGCAAAUACUCGCUGAUGCUCUUUUACUGGACAGAGUCACCAUGUAUAAUGCAGAUCUGAUCUGCAGCUCGGUUCUAGCAUCCUUCCCUGAUGUUCUAGAUCAGCCAGACCUGAUGGAUGCUUUUAGGAAAUCAUGGACUGAAUCAGAGAGUAACCUGAGAAGAUCUGAUAAGAGGGAUAUUAACGUGUUGAAGCAGAUGUUUGUGAGCGUUUAUAUGGGCAGCGUGUUUCCAUUGUUGUACUCUGCGGAGAUGCCUGCUCCCUGCUGGGCAGAUGAGGAAGUGGAAUCGCAACGUGCUCGUAUUAUCUACAGCCCUUCCCAAAAAACCUCAGUGGAAACUCUGCUUUCCUCUCAGUGUUCACAUCAAGCCUUUGACAUCACACAGGUCACCUAUGACCUAAUCAGCAGUGCCCAGCACUGAGUCUAGCGACUGACGUAUCACAUGGUCCAAAAAAUGUUUGAUUGUGUUUUUUUAGUCUUUUAAAGAUGUAUAUUUAGAUAGUAAACGUAUAAAUAAAAAAUUUUAAU